CUGCAUUCGAAUCUUGGAUUCUACGUUCAACAACUCCAUACCCUCAUUCCUCACCGGAUCUGUCAUGGACGGUCCCGUAGUCACAUUCAAGAAGCGCGCACCGAAGGGCGUCGCACGCAAAGCAAUCCCGCCGCCGCCUUCCGACUCGGACUCGUCUUCCGGUUCAGAAUCAGACCGUGACGGCCGUGUCGUGAAGAGGCGGAAGAUCCGUGAGAGUGAUCUUAAAGCGUCUACAGCAGACCAACAGAAGAAGAAGAACACGUAUGAAGGAACCACCAAAUACGAGGCCGAUCGCUCGGCAACGAUCGAGGCCAGCAAUGAUGCCACCAAGACGUCGAACUGGUACGAGGACAAGCAGGACGAUUCCUUGAGCGCGAAGAACCUCCUCGGUACCACGCGAUCUCUGAAGCCGCAAUCAUUCAUCGAGAAGAACCCCGACGCGCCCACCCGUCAAGUAGGGCCCAUAAAAGCGCCUACCAACAUCCGAACGAUAACAGUAACCGACUAUGCGCCAGAUGUGUGCAAGGACUACAAGCAGACGGGCUUCUGCGGCUUCGGAGAUAACUGCAAGUUCUUGCACGCUCGAGAAGACUAUGCUGCAGGCUGGAAGCUGGACAAGGAGUGGGAGAUGUCUACCAAGGGCAAGAAGCCCAGUGGCACCAUCGUUGCCUCAGCGAACCGCACUGUAGAGGAAAAGGCAAACGAUGCCGAUAUGGCAAUGCUGGAGAAGAUACCUUUUGCAUGCAUUAUUUGCAAAGGUUCCUACAAGUCGCCAAUGGUGACAAAAUGCGGACAUUACUUCUGCGAAUCGUGCGCAAUCAAGCGAUAUAAGAAGGAUCCGACGUGUGCGGCUUGCGGAGAGAAGCUCAAUGGUAAUUUCAAGGUGGCUAAGAAUCUACAGAAACUCCUCGAUAGGAAGAAAGAGUACGAGGACAAGAAGAAGGCCGAGGCCGAGGCCGAGGCUGCAGAGGAUUGAGCUGCGUGCAUGUACUAUAGUGGCGACGACUUAACAUGAGGUACGGAGUACGAACUACCAUAAUAUAAUGAUUAUGAUCUUGACAACCAAA